AUGCACAACAACAAGAUGAAUGAUAAAAUAUCGUUUUCGUUCAACUCCGGUGGACGAUCGUCGUCGUCCCGAUCAGUCGCUAUACCUCCACCUGCAAAUAGUGGACUCAGUAAACAAGGCUACUCCACUUUGAACGCCAUAAACCAUUCGGCAAUCUCCAACACUUGGGGUGUGCCAAAGAAACGAGCAAAAACUGAAGAAGAGUAUUUUGAAGAUGAAGAUGAACAGCAACAGCCACAACUCGAGUACAUUCCUGCGCCCGAUAGUCCAUCUAAUAAAAAAUCUGACUGCGAAUCUGAUUCAUCUGAAGACCCAUUAGAUGCUUUCAUGGAAGGAUUAGAAAAAGAAGUAAAAAAAGCAAAAACUUCUAACAAAAAAGAAAAAAAGGAAGAUGAAAAAGGUAUUAGACAAGACAUCGAAGAAGAGGACAUUGAAGAAUCAUACUACAGGUAUAUGGAAGAAAAUCCAACAGCAGGUCUUGUUGAUGAAACUUCAGACAUAGAAAUUGAUUAUGACGAAGAUGGUAAUCCUAUAGCACCGCCAAAGAAAAAAGAAAUAGACCCUUUACCUCCCAUUGAUCAUUCAUUAAUCAAAUACGAAAGCUUUGAAAAGAACUUUUACACUCCACACAAUGAAAUAUCAUCUUUAACUGUGGAUAAAGUUAUUCAACUACGUAAGACUCUUGGUCUCCGAGUAAAUGGGGCCGAUUUACCUUAUCCAGUCACAUCAUUUGCUCAUUUUAAUUUUGAUGAUGCCCUUAUGAAAAUUAUUCGCAAGUCUGACUAUGUACAACCUACACCAAUUCAAAGUCAAGCAGUUCCUGCUGCGCUUGCUGGGCGUGAUAUCAUUGGUAUUGCCAAAACUGGAAGUGGUAAAACUUUAGCAUUCAUUUGGCCAAUGUUAGUACACAUAAUGGAUCAACCAGAACUGAAAGAAGGCGAUGGGCCAGUUGGUUUGAUAUUGGCACCUACCAGAGAAUUGUCUCAACAAAUCUAUGUAGAAGCAAAAAAAUUUGGAAAAAUCUAUAACCUGAGAGUAGUGUGUUGUUAUGGCGGAGGUUCAAAGUGGGAACAAUCCAAAGCACUUGAAGGAGGUGCUGAAAUUAUAGUAGGUACUCCUGGCAGAGUAAUCGAUUUAGUAAAAAUGUCUGCAACCAACUUAACUCGAGUAACAUUCUUAGUACUAGAUGAAGCUGAUAGAAUGUUCAAUAUGGGUUUUGAACCUCAGGUGCGUUCCAUUUGUGACCACGUGAGACCUGAUCGCCAAACAUUGUUGUUUUCUGCCACAUUUAAAAAGAAAAUUGAAAAGUUGGCACGCGACAUUCUUACUGACCCUAUAAGAAUUGUUCAAGGGGAUGUUGGUGAAGCAAACACUGAUGUAACACAAGUUAUGUUGGUCAUGCCACAGAGUGACAAGUGCCAAUGGUUGUUGGAUAAUAUAGUUCAAUUUACAUCAACUGGAUCUAUUCUCGUAUUCGUUACUAAAAAAUUGGACGCAGAACAACUAGCCAGUACGUUAGCUCUAAAAGAGUAUGAAGUGUUGCUGUUACAUGGUGACAUGGACCAGGCCGAGAGGAACAAAGUAAUAACGAAAUUCAAAAAACAAGAAGUCAACAUAAUGGUAGCUACAGAUGUUGCUGCUAGAGGUCUAGAUAUAGCUCAUAUCAGAACAGUUGUGAAUUAUGACAUAGCUAGAGAUAUUGACACACAUACACAUCGUAUUGGAAGAACUGGUCGAGCGGGAGAAAAAGGUACAGCAUUUACUCUAGUCACACCAAAAGAUCACGAAUUUGCCGGUCACUUAGUUCGAAGUCUUGAAGGUGUGGGGCAGGAGGUUCCCAAACCACUUAUAGAUCUUGCCAUGCAGAGCUCUUGGUUCAGAAAAAGUCGUUUCAAAGGCGGAAAGGGUAAAUCAGUAACUGCCGGGGGCGCAGGACUGGGAUAUAGAGAUCCGUCAGGUUCCAAUAAUUUUUCGGCAUCGAGUUCGUAUCAGUGUCCAAAACCUGCAGCUACAGUACCCCCAGCGUCAAAAGGGGGUCCCGGAGCAGGAAGACUGUUGGCACUAAAAGAAGCAUUUAAAAUGCAAUACCAAAACCAAUUUAAAGCCAGUGAAGAUCACACUUGGGAACAAACAGUUGGAUCAAGUUCAUCUGUAAAAGUGCAUACGGGUCCAUUAAAAGAAAGAAAAGCUAAAAAAAACAGAUGGGAUAACUGAAAAGUUUAUUUAUAAGUGACCAUAAUUUGAUUUUGUUUGAUCUUAAACCUAUUUAACUAUUUAAAUCAUAAGACCUUAUAAUGACUUAAGUAGUUAUCUAAUUAAUAAAAAAUGUUCACACAUUUUUCAACUGCAAAAUUUAAUUUAUUUUAUCAAAAAAUUCAAAAUCCGUUCAUUAAUGAUAUAUUUUGUGUAUACACAUAACUUUUACAACCUGUCAUGUUGUCAUCAGAGCUGGCUUUAGGCAAGGGCCAGUGGGUACCGCAUAAAGAAAUAACCCCAGAAAUUAAGUCCCCACCAACAUCCCAUGUGUGAUUGUGCUAGGGUUUUCUUUUGGGGACUAGAUUUCCAACAUCAUUCAUUAAGAAAAUCGGGCCUCGUGCAUUUGUUUGACAUUUGGGGCCUCACUAUUAAAAAAUGAUAUUCUAAGGCCUUGCCAUUAACAAAUUGUCCCAGGCCUAUUGCUCUACCUUAAGGCUGGCUCUGAGUCAUGUCUAGUAUUCUCAAUUUGUAAACUCACUGUUAUUCCAAUCUAUAUUAUGUAAAAAAUGAAUAAAAUUAAUCAAUGCUUAUAACUGUAACUGUUAUAAGAUUUUGCAAACAAUAAAUUAGUAACAUUCUCAUCACACGUAUAAGACAUAAUUUAUUAUUUGUAACACAUUUUAAAAUGGAGUAGUUAUUAAUUGUUAAUUAAUCAUUAAUAAUGAUUCAUUAUAGUAUGAUCAACAAAAAGUGAGCCCUGAUUAUGAUUUACUUACGGUUUUUACAAUAUUCAGAGGUCUACGUUUGUGAGUACUGAGCACAUAUUGAACUAUGUCCCACAGAGAGACCGCUACUCCCCUGUGCAUUCAAGUGACAUUUCAAAGUCUAAUUUCUCUCACCAUGCAGUUGCCCAUUAUGCGCGAAUUAUUAGUUGUUUUGGUUGCUACCUAAUUGCGCUCUCUUGUUGGACGGACUAGGAUCAUCUUACAACUUACACGCAUUUUAAUUACCAUAUAAUAAUGUUAAUCAAAUUCUGAGAACACCAUAAAAACUUAUGAUAGA